AUGGUUCCUUCUCUCCCUGUAGAACGGACGUCUUUCUAGAAGCUUCUCUGUUUCCACUGUUCUUCCGUUCGGCGUCGAUUCUUCUUGCUUUAUCUCAGGCCAAUCCCCUCCAUCUCAUCGCAAUGCCAGCUUAUCGAGUGAUUCUGUGGUCUUGAUGCGUUCUUGGGCGCUUCCCGUGGGAAAAAGAUCGUUGCUUGGAGCUUAGAUCGAAUGAAUCCAUUGUUUUAUCUUGUUUUGUGAUCUUCGCGCUUUCCUUCUUUGGAUUGGGUUCUUCGGGCUAAAGAUCGAUUUUUUAGGGUUUCUGAAUCGUGGUCUCUGUGAGGUUUUACGCCUCGAUUUCUCAACUUCUAGGGUUUUGUAGCCUGGCUGCCCUCCACGAGGGAUUGGUUCUUGGUUCGGGGCUUGCUUUUUAGGGUUACAUGAUUUAGGGCUAUGGAGAGGGAUAAGUCAGCAGUUCACGAGAGUGGUGGUUUACCUCCUCCUCCUUCGUCACGGUUUGCUGCCUUUGCCUCGGCUUCGACUUCGAGCACCCUUUCUGCCAAGUGCGAGACACCCGCUGUGUCUCCUACUCCCAUUGACGGUCAUGGUGGUGGGCGAUUCAGUCAUGACAUUGACCGAAUGCCGGAUAAUCCACCGCGAAAUGCUGGCCACCGGCGAGCUCACUCAGAGAUUUUGAGCCUCCCGGAUGACAUAAGCUUCGACAGUGAACUCGGUAUCGUAGGUUCUGGAGAAGGACCAUCGUUGUCUGAUGAGACCGAGGAAGAUUUGAUCUCCAUGUAUCUUGAUCUGGACAAGAUAGCUUCAUCCUCGGCAUCGUCAGGAUUGGAAUUGCAGGGAAGUGAAACUUCUGGCACUGGAGCUGCUGGUGCACCUGCUUCUUCUCAGGCUGAGAUGGUGGCUGCAGCUUCUGGUGAGAGGCCAAGGGUCAGGCACCAGCAUAGUCAGUCCUUCGACGGGUCUACUUCUAUCAAGCCAGAGCUGUUGGCAUCGGGCACAGAGGGAAUGUCCUCGACAGAGGAAAAGAAGGCCAUGUCAGCGGCAAAGCUUGCUGAACUUGCACUUAUCGACCCAAAGCGAGCAAAAAGGGAAAGGGGAUGGAUUAAUGAUGGGCAUAGGCAGAAAGACACGGAGAUCUGGGCAAAUAGGCAGUCAGCUGCCAGGUCAAAAGAAAGGAAGCUUCGGUACAUAGCAGAACUUGAGCGGAAAAUAUUAACUUUGCAGACAGAAGCAACAACAUUGUCAUCUCAGUUAACCAUGUUUCAGACAGACAAUACUGCUUUGACUGCUGAAAACAAUGAAUUGAAGUUACGCCUACAGACCAUGGAGCAGCAGGUUCACCUGCAGGAUGCAUUAAAUGAGACACUAAGAGGGGAGGUUCAGCGAUUGAAAAUUGCGACCGGAACGGCUAUUGCUAACGGUGCGCAGAUGGUCAACUACACGCAGACGUCAUCCUCGGGGGUAGGCCAGCAAUAUUAUCACCACAAUCAUGCACUGCAAUCACUCAUGGCAGCUCACCAACUUCAACAACUUCACAUCCAUUCUCAGCAUCAGCAGCAGAUGCUCCCGCAACAACAUGAACUGCAACCACAGCAGCAGCCCCCCUCGACCGAGCUGAAAACAAGAGCCUUGGCUUCUCAAUCCCAGGAGAGUGCUCCGCUUCAGGAGUGAAUGAUGAGUGAAAACCUGGUGCCAUCAUCUCUUUAUAAGCUAUUUCUUCUUGCUUGUGACCCAAUUAUCAUGCACCAACAUGAACUUGUUAUAGUUAUCAUUAUCAGAAACUUGGGAAAUUUUAUCCA